AUGGCAACAAUUCCCAUGCCCGCCCGAGGCGACCGAAACGCCCCCCGCUUUGACUCCGCCAAACCGCAUCUGUGGGAGUCUCUGACUGAGUUCAACGACGCUGCCAAAACCUAUGAGGACUUCAAAGCCUCUGUCGUGAAGCUAUACCCCGGAAGUGACACUGACCGCAAGUUUGCGAUGAGUGAUCUUGAUGCACUUAUCGGCGAAACCGGCCGCAUGGGCAUCCUGUCUCGCGCCGAUUAUGGCGAGUUCUAUCGCAAAUUUGUCCUGAUCACCGCCCACCUUAUUACCAAAAACCGCCUCUCGUCUGCCGAGCAAAGCCGAGCGUUCCGUCGCGCAAUAUCGCCUGCCUCGCUUUGGGAGCUAGCACACCGCCGACUUCAGAUCAAGAAGCCGGAUGUCCAUCCUGACGAUCCAUAUGACCUGGUCGAUAUGAACGAGGCCAUGGAGUUUGUACUCGCCGGCUCCAACGCCGACCUUAGCGCAUCUGCUUCGCAUCCCACAUCUGCCGAAUCACCUUCAUCAACCGCGGCCAUCGUUAAGCAAGAGCCGGGAGUAGCUGCCAUCUUGGACAGCAUCAACGGCUUAAUUAAAGUGCUUACCACGCAACAACAGCUUGCCGUUGCUGCGCCACCACGUCCCAAUCUGGCAGUCCCCCGCUCCUCGCCCGGUCUGUGCAAUAUCGGUGCCUUUGUUCCGUCCCGCAUCCUCGGCGCCAACCUGCGCGACCGAAUCGAUGAAUACCAUCGACAGAACCCCGGCCAGCUCGCGGCCGGCCAGCUCAUGCUUGAUUUAGCACCAAGAACCGCUCCUGUUGCCGUUCCUGCCCAACCGGUCGCCCCGGCCUUCGUGCUGUCCGAAGCCGACCGGAUCGAGAGUCUCGAGCGAGAACUCUUUGCGCUGAAGACUCGCGCACAAGCCCGCGCCGCCAUCGCCGCUGGAGAGCCGGUCGAAAGGCCUGAACAGCCUAUUCGUGCUCAGUCUGUGCCAAGCCAGCCACCCGUUCCUCCGCCCGCCGAGAACCCGCCUGUCCCACGCAUCCUACCUCGCCCAGUCGUGGCCCCUGUCGUCGCUCAGCCUGAGCAUCCGUUUGCCAAGGCCCGCGAUGCUGUGUAUGCACCGCCCGCGUGA